AGACCUCUAGCCGCACUCGGUCAUCGAGCAUCGAAUACAAUUGAAGGCAUAUCCGAGUAUUUGAAAUAGAAGAACGACUUAGCCAUGGCAUCCAUUUCAAGUGCUCCGUGCCCUCAGCUUGCUGUCCGAGGAUCUGAAGGUGUGUAUAUGAUCAGUGGACCUCCAUCAUUUGCUCUUAAUGAAUCAUUUGGACGUGAUUCUAAAUGCAGUGUGAUGACGCAUGGUGCUGGUGGGAGACUGUUUGCUUACUGCAAUACCGUCAGUGUCUUUGUGAUUCAGCUUGCAAAAUGUGAAACCCUACUUCAGCUUGAUAAACCUAAAACAAUUGGUCUAGUCAUCUCUCCCUCAGGCAAAUACCUUGCUACAUGGGAAGUCUACUCCACUACACCUAGUUCACCUGGUCCCACUCCUAAUGCACAUAUAUGGGAGAUAGCGUCUGGAAGAUGUGUGAAGUCAUUUAUUAUGAGACAGAAUGAAGCAUGGCAACCUCAAUGGACGGAUGAUGAGAGGAUAUGUGCUAUACAAGCCAACAGUGAAAUACACUUCUUUGAAAAUGGAAACUAUGAAAGCAUUGCAAGCAGACUACAUCUGCCCAAGGUCAUGUGUCGGAUGUCCGGAGCAGGAUCACCGCCUCAUAUAGCAGCACAUAUACCAGGCAAUAAGGGAGCUCCUCAUGCUGUAAGACUGUUCAAGUAUCCAAACUUUGAUGGGCCUGGAUCUAUGAUAGCGAAUAAGAGCUUUUACAAAGCAGACAGCGUUAACAUGAUAUGGAACAAGAAAGGAUCUGCUGCCUUAAUAGUAGCUACACAGGACGUAGAUACUACAGGCAGCUCCUACUAUGGUGAGACAGCUCUUCACUUCCUGGCUGUCAAUGGAGAUAGCUCUAAUGUUACCGUAGGCAAGAAAGGUCCGGUGUACAGUGUGGAUUGGAGUCCAAACUCAACAGAGUUCUGUGUGGUCUAUGGAUUUAUGCCUGCUAAAGCAACGCUAUUCAACCUCAAAUGUGAAUCCAUCUUUGACUUCGGCACGGGUCCAAGAAAUUGUGUCUACUUCAACCCUCAAGGAACCAUUAUUGCCCUUGGAGGAUUCGCUAACCUGAGAGGUCACAUUCAAUUUUGGGACAGGAAGAGUUUCAAGUUGAUUUCUGAAAGCCAAGCAGCUGAUGCAACAUUCUUCCAAUGGUCACCAGAUGGUCAACAUUACGCUACAGCAAUCUGUGCUCCUAGACUAAGGGUUGGUAAUGGGUUCAAGAUCUGGCAUGUGUCUGGCUCGCUCCUCCAUGAGUACAUUGUACCACAAGACAAUGUUCAUAUAUACAAUGUUUCAUGGCAGACGUUACCAGCGGAUCUCUUUAAGAACAAACCCAUCUCUAAACCACAGGGUAAGGUCAUCCAAUCAGCGGAACCUCAGGCAUCUAAAGAGGUUUAUAGACCACCAGGUGCAAGAGGAAAACCAGCAUCAUUCAAACUGAAUGAAGAAGAGCCCGCUCAGAAUGCUCCACAAACAGAAGAACAAAAGCUGUCUAAAUCAGCGCUGAAGAACAAGAAGAAACGAGAGGCAAAGAACAAAGGAAAACCAGGAAUCACAGAUAACAGGUCUGCUGAGCAACGUUCUGCCCUAGCAACGGCUUCCUUCAUUCUCUCAGAGCCCACCCCAGCACCGGCAGUAGGAGUAGAUGUAGAGGCUGAGAAGAAGAUUAAAGCCCUUAGAAAGAAACUGAAAGCCAUUGAGAAGCUGAAAGAGCAGCAAGCGAGCGGUAAGGAGCUAGAGAAGAAUCAGUUAGAUAAACUAAGCGCUGAAACUGAGCUGAGGAGAGAUCUAGCCAAGCUUGAGAUACAAUGACAAUAGCAACACCUGGGACCCGAUUCACAAAGCCUUUUUUUCAAGGACAAAUGACAAAAUCAGUGACAAAUCUGCUGAUAACCAAUCAGAAGCAAGGAUUUCAGUAGCUUUUAACAUAAACUGUCAUUUGUCACUGAUGACAAGUUUUGUGAAACACCCCCCUGGACCUACGUAUAACACUGAUACUAGAAGUAUGCCAAGCCUCUACUCAAGGAUCAUAGGCAAGUCUGUUUGGUUCUAUACAGUGGUAUUAUGGAGGAAUAGAGCGAUAGGUUUCUGCAACCUCGAUAGACUUAAAGCCCCUCUAAAGUGUUGGAAGCCCCCAAAAUUUGAUGGCAAAAUUUCACUUAAAUUGUAUCAUAAUGUGAAAGAGGAUGUCAUUUAAGA